AUGGUUGUGUGAGUAGAAAGUGUUAGUUUAUCAGAAAAAUCUUUUACACCACCUACACCAAGAAUGUGUGUGGGUGUUUUUUUUAUUUAAUUUUUUUUUUAUAGUUGUAGUGUUUGGUAUUUUAGGAAUCUCACCAACCGUGUCUUUUUUUUUUUUUUGGUUUCUUUUGUUUCAGAUUUUUCAACAUCUUGAGCAGAACUGAGCAGAACUCAGCUGACUCACAAUGACGGCAAUGAUGAGCUGGGGUGGUCUGGGAUCUCUUCGUCCUUUCCCAGCAUUCCAUCCGGAGAGGGACGUGACUGACCUUGAUGCUGCCAUUGAAAAGAAAGAUGUGAGCACUCUGGUGAGGAUUCUGACGAACCGCAGUAACACUCAGAGACAGAGCCUCGCUCAGACCUACCGCUCGCUCACUGAACAAGACCUCCGAGCGAGGCUGAAGAAGGUUCUGGAAGGAGGUUUAGAGACGUUGAUGCUAGGUCUGAUGAUGACACCGGAACAUUUUGAAGCACAACGUCUGAAACAAGCCAUGGAGGGUCUGGGUACAGAUGAAGAAACCAUUCUAGAGAUCAUGUGUAUUAGGUCACCAGAGCAGCUUUCUGACAUCGCAGCAGAGUACAGUAAAGUCAUACAGCAUGAGUCAAGACCAGGAUUGGACCAGGAUGUUCAAGUUAUAUGCAAAGAGCUCAACAAAAAGAAGGCAGAUGUGACACAGUGGCUCCAUAUCCUGACCAUGAGAGAUCCAGACCAUCUCAGAAAUGUGCUGAUUCAUUUGGAAACUGAACGAGGCCAGCCUUUUACUGCAGAUAUAGAGAAACACUUUGGUGGAAUCCUCUCCAGAGAUAUCAAACUGGGCUUACAGGUCCUCGUGCGCUCCAUCGAGGACCCAUAUCUUUACUUGGCCCAGAGAAUCCAGACUAUGAAGGGGUCAGUGGUGCAAGGAAUAAUAGUGUCUCACAGCGAGGAGGAUCUCCUGGCUGUUAGAGCAGCAUACAAGAAGGAAACGGGAAGAUCUCUUUACACCACCAUACAGGUCUCUCUCUAUUAUGGUUGCUCACUUGUUUGCAGUAGUCAUUCAUUUCUGAUGAUAACUUCCACCUCUGACUUCACCAGCGGUUACUACUAUGGCUGUAUAGUCUGAUAAGCAUUGCUUGUUUGACAGUGAAGUUCUGACUAGUACUUUUAGAGUCUUAUGCCAACCAUCAACCUAUCUUUACCCUGGUAUGCGAGAGACUAUGUGUAACACAAACUGGUGUGUAGCCACAAGUGAACUGUUAAACAAUCAGUGACACCACUUGGGGUUUUUGAAAGGCAAGGACCCAAAUAGUUUUUUUCAAUACAGAACCCAACCCAUUGAGGUGUUACCUGCCCUUUUAGAAAUAUAUGUACCCUUGGCUUCUUCCAAAAGCAUACCAUCAUCAAGGAAUUGGAUUUAACUUGAGGAAUUUCAGUAUUGUAGUAUCUCAGCGCUGCAGCAUUAUGGGUGAGGUCUACUGAAAAGGUAUUUGUAGUGCAGGAGUUUACUAACAUGUUCCUUCUUUUUGUAUUUCGAUCUAUGAUAGUAGCACAAUCCUUUGAAUCCUUUGUCGUUUUCACUAGGGCCUUCCCCUACUCAUGAGCAGAUGAGCAGUCCAAUCCUUAAAAAAAGUUUAAUGUUCCUCGGACACACAGCAGCUGGCUCUCACCCAGCUUUUAGCAACCAUGAUAUGAAGAACCCUAUAUUUAUGAUUUGCAGGCUUUUAACCAGAAGGUUCUAGACUGUUGGCUGUGCUCCCAUGACCAGUUUUUGAACAAAGAGUUAGACGAAUGCACAGCUUGUUGCUGAUUUUUUUAUUGGUUAUCCUCAGUGGCAAGGAAAGACCUAUGGUAGGAUGACCAGUAACCUCUUCACAAGUGCAAAAAGCCACUAAAACCCAUGUUGGCCAAACAUUGCCACAUGCUUUCUGUCAAGUUGUGCUCUCUUACCCUUUGACACAAGGGCCACUCCAAUCAUUUUAUAUGUCAGGCCUUUUGCUUUAACUCCACAUGGUCACACAUAGUAACUGACCUAUGACCCUAGGUCAAUAAAUAGCCAAUCUCAUAAUAGAUUCAAGAAGAUUGGUGCUCGGAGAUUGAGUGGAAGCUGCCACAGUUGGGUCCUUGAGCAACACAUGUAACCCUCAGCUGCUCAGUUCUAUCCAGUUGAAUUGCUUUGGAUAAAUGUAAAUGUCUCUGGCAGUAAAACUCUCUGACAGAAUGCAUGUGAACACAAACUCUGACAAACCUACAGUAAGUUGCAGAAGUAUUAUGGAGUUGUGAUGAGAUUGACCAUCUUCGGUCAUAUCCUGUUCAUUGCCCUCUAGGAAGCAAAGCAGGAUUCUUGAAGUAGGAAGAGACUUGUGUUAGCUUUUAACUUGGGGUAAACUUAUGGAGGCUGCUUCCUUUACUUACUCACUAAGUAUGCUAGUCUGCUGUAUGAGCUGAGAAGUAGAUAUAGCAAGCAGGCAUGCAUUAGAAGAACCUGAUUCAUCAUUAUGUCCUAUGGCAAGCUCACCACCAGGGCAUUGUACAUGCCCAAAUCUACUGUACAUAUCUUCUAUACAGUAAUUUAAAUGGUAUUAAUCUUACAGGUAGCAAGGGGGGUGUUCCUGUGAAUUAUAUUAAUGUCUGUAUGUACAUGGUUUAUGAAUGACUAAAGACUCCAAAAACCACACUGUUCUAAGAAAACAUUAUUAUAAUAAAACAUAUUAAAAUGCUGUAUUCUGUAGGGGGAAUUAAUAGUGUUUAUGGCACUUUC